AGGACAACACGCCGGGGAUGGACACAUAGGAUAACAUGCUGGGGAUGGACACACAGGAUAACAUGCCGGGGAUGGACACAUAGGAUAACAUGCCGGGGAUGGACACAUAGGAUAACAUGCUGGGGAUGGACACAUAGGAUAACACGCCGGGGAUGGACACAUAGGAUGACAUGCCGGGGAUGGACACAUAGGAUAACACGCCGGGGAUGGACACAUAGGAUAACACGCCGGGGAUGGACACAUAGGAUAACACGCCGGGGAUGGACACAUAGGAUAACAUGCCGGGGAUGGACACAUAGGAUAACA